AUGAGUUCUAAUAGUUCACAAUCAAGUUAUAGGACGGAGGUGACUGCUAAGUCACGCAAUAAAUGCGUCGCAUUCAUGGUUAAUAAUUGGUUUAUGUUCGCAACCCUUCUUGGUGUUAUAAUCGGUUUCGGUAUUGGAUUUGGUGUAAGGACUACAAAUCCGAAUGCCACAACGAUAACGUGGAUUUCAAUGAUCGGAGAUAUCUACCUACGUGUUCUCCAACUCACAAUCUUGCCUCUGAUUACAUCAAACAUUCUCGUUGUUAUUGCCUCUUUGGAGCCAAAAAAGAACGGUGCAAUCAGCGUCGUCGGUAUCUGCUACAUCAUCGUCGUAAAUUUCAUCGGAAGUAUAAUCGGAACGGCGUGCUCAUGCAUUAUUAAGCCAGGUACCCACGGAUUAGUGAAACCGGAGGAACCUGACACUCCUCUUGUUGGCAGUGGACUGACUGCUUCGGACAUUUUCAAGGACAUAUUCUACAAUUUCUUCCCAGAUAACAUUGUUGGAGUCACCAUAUUCCAAUACCGAACUGAAGUAGUCAAUUACACCACAAAUGAAAAAGAAGGCAAUUCCAUGAAGGGAGGAACAAACAUGGUCGGUGUUCUCUUCUGCGCCAUGGUUUUCGGUGCCGCAGCUAACGCUGUGGGCGAAGUUGCAAAGCCAAUGGUCCUAUUCUUCAAGGCCGUUGCCGCAACCGUCUCUAAACUUAUGAAUGCUUUUCUAAUGUAA